CUCAUCUCUUCUCCUUCUCUUCAUACGACCUUCUCAAUCAUCCCAGUAAUUGAGUUUUCUUUUCUCAUUCGUACUCAACCAAAAUAUAUCUAUAUCAUACAGAUAGAUAUAGAAAUCCACCAAAAUGUCCUCCAAAACAGCAAUCCUCACAGAUAAAGCCCCCAAGCCCCUCCCAGGCAUCUACUCCCAAGCAAUCGUCAACAACGGCACCAUCUACUGCUCCGGCGCAGUCGCCAUGGACCCGGAGACCGGCAAGAUCGUGGACGGUGAUGUCAAAGUGCACACGCACCAAUGUAUCAAGAACCUGAGCCACGUCCUCGAGGCGGCCGGGAGUGACAUCACCAAGGUGCUCAAGGUGAAUGUCUUUUUGUCGAAUAUGGAUGAUUUUGCCGAGAUGAAUUCGGUUUAUAUGCAGUACUGGGGGGAUGUUAAGCCUUGUCGGACGUGCGUGGCUGUCAAGACCUUGCCGUUGGAUACAGAUGUGGAGAUUGAGUGCAUUGCGGCUGUUUAG